UUCGCGGACGCUGGGGACGGUGGGAGCGGAUCCAUUUCCGGGUUGGUAAAAGGGGCGGCGGCGAGAAAGAGAGCUUGCCGCGGGGCGAACGGGCAGGACUAAACCCGGACUGAGGUGACGGAGGAUUCGCUCCCGGAGUAGCCCCCGCCAGCUCCAUCGCUGGCGAUCAAGGAGUGACGGUGUGCAACUGUUUCCAGCAUCUCUGCAGGAAGCGCCUGCACUUCUGGUGGCUCAAGGGUAUUAGAAUGUGAGAGAAGACACUUCUACAAGGAAUGUCAUGGUGCUGCCAUUAGAUUAUCUGUGGUCUAUGAAUGACCUAAAGCUGCAACUAAAGACGGAGAGAGAACGGUGCCAACUGGGAGCAGGGCAAGCAUGCCAAUUCCUCCUCCCCCCCCACCCCCGCCUGGUCCUCCCCCACCUCCCACCUUCAAUCAGGCAAACACAGAACAGCCCAAACUCAGUAGAGAUGAGCAGCGGAAUCGAGGCGCCCUCUUACAAGACAUCUGCAAAGGGACCAAACUGAAGAAGGUGACCAACAUUAAUGAUCGGAGUGCUCCUGUCAUCGAGAAGCCCAAAGGGAGCGGUGGUGGCUACGGCCCUGGAGCUGCUGCUUUACAGCCCAAGGGAGGUCUCUUUCAAGGAGGUGUGCCGAAGCUCCGCCCUGUGGGAGCCAAGGAUGCUCCAGAGACCCCAGCUGGUAAGCCCGCCCUGCAGGUACCCAGUUCUCGAGCUGCUGCUCCAAGGCCUCCGGUGUCUGCAGCCAGUGGGCGACCUCACGAUGAUAGCGACAGCAGCCGAGCCUCCCUCCCAGAACUGCCCCGGAUGCAGAGACCCUCUUUACCGGACCUCUCUCGGCCUAACACCACCAGUGGCACCGGAAUGAAGCACAGCUCCUCUGCACCUCCCCCGCCCCCUCCAGGCCGGCGUGCCAACGCGCCCCCUACCCCUCUGCCUCUGCACAGCAACAAAGCCCAAGCCUACAACAGGGAGAAGCCGUUGCCUCCAACACCUGGGCAGAGGGUGCACCCGGGUCGAGAAGGACAUCCUGCCCCACCCCCUGUAAAGCCGCCUCCUUCCCCUGUGAACGUCAGAACAGGACCCAGUGGCCAGUCUCUGGCUCCUCCCCCACCGCCUUACCGCCAGCCUCCUGGGGUCCCCAAUGGGCCCUCAAGCCCCACCAAUGAGUCAGCCCCGGAGCUGCCACAGAGACACAAUUCUUUGCAUAGGAAAACGCCAGGGCCUGUCCGAGGCCUUGCACCUCCCCCGCCCACCUCAGCCACCCCCUCUUUGCUGAGUAACAGGCCACCUCCCCCAGCCCGAGACCCUCCCAGCAGGGGAGCAGCCCCUCCACCCCCACCGCCCAUGAUCCGAAAUGGUGCCAGGGAUGCUCCUCCUCCCCCACCACCUUACCGGAUGCAUGGGUCAGAACCCCCAAGCAGAGGGAAGCCUCCACCUCCACCCUCCAGGACACCAGCUGGGCCGCCCCCUCCUCCACCACCACCCUUGAGGAAUGGCCACAGAGACUCCAUCACCACUGUCCGCUCCUUCCUGGAUGACUUUGAGUCCAAGUACUCCUUCCAUCCGGUGGAGGACUUCCCUGCUCCAGAAGAGUACAGGCAUCUUCAAAGAGUGUACCCCAGCAAAACAAACCGAGCUGCCCGUGGAGCCCCACCUCUGCCGCCCAUUCUCAGGUGAAGCCUGGCGUGGUCCUGCUCCUCAGGAAAAGGAUGGACCUCCUCUUCUCAGAUGGUCCCCAACCCCUAACACCUGCAUGAGAGCUCCUACAGUGUUUCUCCAGUGCAACCAACCCUCGACUCUGAGCACCCUCCCAGCCCAGCUCCAUCUAUGCAUCUCCUCUCUGGACUUGGUGAUUGGACUCUUUCUGUUGGCCACGGGGCCUCACGCCCAUGUCCACCUUCUUCCAGCAAGCCUGCUAGCCAGAGGAGCAGAAAGCUUCCACGCCUCCUGCUUUCUUCCAGAGAAAGGUGCCUUGUUAAGGUGAAUGGACUCCCAGGGGCAGGGUAGAAAACGUGACCCUGUCUCUGUCAUUCACCGAGGGCGAAGUGUGCUGUGUGCGUUAUACUCCAUAGUUUAGGAGGUUGGUGUGGCCAGGACUCCUGGGAAAGGGUAUUCCGUGAUGCAGGAAGGGGUUUGCAGAGAAGUGAUCUGUUUUAAAGGUCGGGUUACAGAAAGGACAAGGAAAUGGGUCUUCUUCAUUUUUAAGAGUGUUUUGGUUUUUUCUCAUCCCUCUUCCCCAUCCCAAGAGAUGAGUUGUACAUACACACUAAGUACUAAUCAGUUAACCGAACAGUAAAGGAACAUGAAGUAGGCUGAGGAUCAUUUCAGAGCUAGUCCGCUCUUGUGCAGCUGAGGGCCAGAGCUGUCCGAGCUCUCUUAUAAGACAUGAAAAGAUAGGGCCUUAACCACAGCCUCCUGGUUGCUUCAGUUUUUUUCUGAUUAACCCUGAAGUGGUCACAGCCUGAGCCCUUCAGCCUUUGGGAAUGCUCCAGGGAGACAGAAGGGAAGCAGGAAGCACUCACUUCUAGGGAGUGUCUGGUUCUUCAGGGUCAGUAAGGUCUUGAUAGCCGGCUCAUAUGAAGCAGGCUCUUCCUGCUUUCUCUGCCAUCCAUACCUUCCUGCGACUGCAGGGUUUAAGGCCACAGAGGAGAAAAGGGAGCUUCAGGGGGAUAUGCUGAGUCCUUUAAACCAAGAAGCACAAAG